ACUAUGCAUGUUUAGGAAUUAUUAUACGAAGUGAGUGCAUGUGAAAUGAAAAAACAAAAUUCUAUAGCGUGACAACACAACCAAGAAUUCCGCAAGCAAUUAACAACAUUUAAACUAAAGAUUUUCUCAAAAAUAAUACAUAAUAACAAACAUAAUAACAAAAUUAUAUAACAAACUCCUAACGUUACAUUUAAACGUGUUUUAAACAUUAACACCACAGAGUUCUUAAAUUUUUAGUUAAGCCAACUAAAAACGUAUUUGCAAAAACCACACAGUUAUUAUUCUUCGUUUUUUUUUUUGUUGUGAACAAAAUGCUCCAUUUACAACAAACUGUUUGUAUUUUAAUUGUUUCCUGUAUUUGUUUAACAACAACAACGCUGGCACUAAAUGAACGUGAUGGAAAUAUUCUUCCUGGUAAAUAUCAUGCUUACAGUCAACAGCAACAGCAUCAUCAUACCAAAAAAUUGCAUGCUAAAGGCCUAGAUUUGCCAACAUCUCAUCAAACCAAAUUGGCAGCAUCAACCCGACAAGAAAAUCCCAUCAAAACUUGGUUUGGUGUCUUUAAUCGCAACAAUUCAAACCACAAUCAAACACUACCAACAUGUUCAUGCAGAUGUGGAGAACGCAAUGAUGAAUCACGUAUUGUAGGUGGCACUACCACGGGCGUUAGUGAAUAUCCCUGGAUGGCACGCUUAAGUUAUUUCAAUCGUUUCUACUGUGGUGGUACUCUCAUCAAUGAUCGUUAUGUUUUGACUGCGGCCCAUUGUGUUAAGGGUUUUAUGUGGUUUAUGAUUAAGGUUACAUUUGGAGAACAUGAUCGUUGUAAUGAUAAGGAAAGACCAGAAACAAGAUUUGUUUUGAGAGCUUUUACACAAAAGUUCAGCUUUUCCAAUUUUGAUAAUGAUAUUGCUUUGUUGCGUUUGAAUGAUCGUGUUCCCAUUACAAGUUUCAUAAGACCCAUUUGUUUGCCCAGAGCGGAGGAGAGAAAUGAAUUGUUUGUGGGCACUAAGGGUAUUGCCACCGGCUGGGGUACUUUGAAAGAGGAUGGCAAACCUUCUUGCCUAUUACAAGAAGUGGAAGUGCCCGUGUUGGAUAAUGAAACAUGUGUGGCUCAAACAAAUUAUACUCAGAAGAUGAUCACAAAGAAUAUGAUGUGUGCUGGCUAUCCCGGCAAGGGAGAACGUGACAGUUGCCAGGGUGACUCUGGUGGUCCUCUUGUGCGUUUGCGACCUGACGAUAAACGUUAUGAACAAAUUGGUAUUGUGUCUUGGGGUAAUGGUUGUGCUAGACCCAAUUAUCCCGGAGUUUAUACCAGAGUUACGAAAUAUUUGGAUUGGAUAGUAGAGAAUUCAAAAGAUGGCUGCUUUUGCGAUGAGGAUUUUGAAGGAUAAUGGAGAGUAAUAACAUUAAAUAAGUAACUAAAAAUAAGCAGGAAAUUUUAUUAAAGAAAUUUUGAUUUUGCCAACUAGAUUUAAGAAAUAUAAAGGUACCAAAAGGAAAUAUUCUUUCAUGUAUCCUUUCUUAUUAAGCAUUUAAAAUUGGUUACUUAGGGAUUCUUUUAUGAAUUUAAAAAUUUGUAAAUUUUGUCUUUAAGAGUUGGCAGUUUGGAUAAUUUGUAUGUAUAUUUAUUGCCUUAAAUAC